CAGGGGGCGGCGGCGGCGGCGUGCGCGGGGCUCGGGCUGCUCCGGCACCGCGGCGCGCUCAGCCCUGCGCAGCUCCGCCCGCGGCUCUCCCGGCACGGCUCGGCUCGGCACGGCACGGCCAGCCCAGCCCAGCUUCCCCGGGAUCCCCGCAGCCUCGGCGGCUGGGGCCACGCUGGAGCCCCCUGCCCCGCAGCGCAGGCGAGCCGCGAGUUGGCGCGGCGGCCGGCGCCCGCCCGGCUGCGGAGUUGCAGAGGGGAGUGGUAGAACGGCUUUGGUCCUGCAAGCUCCGUGAGUGCCAAGCAGUGAAUUAUGGGCUGGGUAUCCACCAGUGCAUCAUGAAGAUUGACUUUAUUUUUGCCCUCUUGAAGUUCACGGAAGAGCAGAUUCUUGAAACAAUGGGCUUCACUCUGCAUUCUAUCUACUUCACCUUGAAGGUGAGUUUGCUUCUGGGCUCCUUGCUGGGUCUCUGUUUGGGUCUGGAGUUCAUGGGCAUCCCCAACCAGUGGGCCCGCUACCUCCGCUGGGAUGCCAGCACAAGGAGCGAACUCAGCUUCCAGUUCAAGACCAAUGUCUCUGCUGGGCUGCUUCUCUAUUUUGAUGAUGGUGGUGUCUGUGACUUCCUCUGUGUGUCCCUGGUUGAUGGGCGCAUCCAGCUGCAGUUCAGUGUGGACUGUGCGGAGACGACAGUCACCACAGACAAGCAGGUGAACGACAGCAGCUGGCACUUCCUGAUGGUCAGCCGCAAUCACCUUCGGACCGUGCUCGUGCUGGACGGGGAGGCCAAGCCGGGCGAGGUGCGUCCGCAGCGCCAGCAUAUGAAUAUUGUCAGUGACCUUUUCAUUGGUGGGGUCCCUCUGGACAUUCGUCCUGCUGCCUUGACUCUUGAUGGUGUUCUGAGUGAGCCUCCAUUUCAAGGAUUUAUCCUGGAUCUUAAAUAUGGCAAUUCUGAGCCGCAGCUCCUGGGCAGUCAAGGGGUCCGACUGGAAAUGGAAGGACUUUGCUCAGAAAACCCCUGUGAAAAUGGUGGCACUUGCUUCCUUCUGGAUGGUGAGCCACACUGUGACUGCUCAGCCACUGGAUAUGCUGGCAAGCUGUGUUCUGAAGAUGUCAAUCAUAUUCCAGGCCUCUCACACCUGAUGAUGAGUGAACAAGCACGAGAUGAGAACAUGGCCACGUUCCGUGGCUCCGAAUACCUUUGCUAUGACCUGUCGCAAAACCCCAUCCAGAGCAGCAGCGAUGAGAUCACGCUCUCCUUCAAGACAUGGCAACGCAACGGGCUCAUUCUGCACACGGGCAAGUCAGCUGACUACGUCAACCUGGCCCUGAAAGACGGUGCGGUCUCCUUGGUCAUCAACCUGGGGUCUGGUGCCUUUGAGGCCAUUGUGGAGCCCGUCAAUGGCAAGUUCAAUGACAACGCGUGGCACGACGUUAAGGUGACACGCAACCUGCGGCAGCACUCAGGCAUUGGACACGCUAUGGUGACAAUCUCUGUGGAUGGCAUCCUUACCACCACGGGCUACACACAGGAGGACUACACCAUGCUGGGCUCAGAUGACUUCUUUUACGUGGGAGGGAGCCCCAGUACUGCUGAUUUACCUGGGUCUCCAGUAAGCAAUAACUUCAUGGGCUGCCUCAAAGAGGUUGUUUAUAAGAAUAAUGACAUUCGUCUGGAGCUGUCUCGCUUGGCACGGAUUGGUGAUACUAAGAUGAAGAUCUAUGGGGAAGUGAAAUUCAUAUGUGAAAAUGUGGCUACACUGGAUCCCAUCAGCUUCGAGACACCUGAGGCCUAUAUUAGUCUGCCUAAAUGGAAUACCAAGAGGAUGGGCUCCAUCUCAUUUGAUUUCCGAACCACUGAACCCAAUGGACUGAUCCUUUUCACCCACGGCAAGCCUCAGGAGAGGAAAGAUACCAGAAGCCAGAAAAAUACAAAGGUAGACUUCUUUGCAGUUGAGCUUCUAGAUGGAAACCUCUACUUGCUGCUGGACAUGGGCUCUGGAACCAUUAAAGUCAAGGCCACCCAGAAGAAAGCCAAUGAUGGAGAGUGGUAUCAUGUGGAUAUUCAACGAGAUGGAAGAUCGGGUACUAUAUCAGUGAACAGCCGACGCACCCCGUUCACCGCUAGUGGGGAGAGUGAGAUCCUGGAUCUGGAAGGUGACAUGUACCUGGGUGGGCUGCCAGAGAACCGGGCAGGGCUCAUCCUUCCCACAGAGCUCUGGACAGCAAUGCUGAACUAUGGCUAUGUCGGCUGUAUCCGAGACUUGUUCAUCGACGGACGGAGCAAGAACAUCCGGCAGCUGGCCGAGGCGCAGAAUGCCGCCGGAGUCAAGUCCUCCUGCUCCCGCCUCAGCACCAAGCAGUGUGACAGCUACCCCUGUAAGAACAAUGCAGUCUGCAAGGAUGGCUGGAACCGCUUCAUUUGUGACUGUACUGGCACUGGCUACUGGGGUAGAACAUGUGAGCGAGAGGCCUCUAUCUUGAGCUACGAUGGCAGCAUGUACAUGAAGGUCAUCAUGCCCAUGGUUAUGCACACAGAAGCAGAAGAUGUGUCCUUCCGUUUCAUGUCCCAGCGUGCUUACGGGCUGUUGAUGGCAACCACCUCCCGAGACUCUGCUGACACCCUGCGCCUGGAGCUGGAUGGAGGCCGGGUCAAACUUAUGGUCAAUUUAGACUGUAUCAGGAUAAACUGUAACGCCAGCAAGGGACCUGAAACUCUUUAUGCUGGGCAGAAACUCAAUGACAACGAGUGGCACACUGUCCGGGUGGUGCGGCGAGGAAAGAGCCUCAAGCUGAUGGUGGAUGAUGAUGUUGCUGAGGGCACGAUGGUUGGUGAUCAUACCCGCUUGGAGUUCCACAACAUCGAGACAGGGAUCAUGACAGAGAAGCGGUACAUCUCCGUCAUCCCCUCCAGCUUCAUCGGCCAUCUGCAGAGCCUCAUGUUCAAUGGGAUGCUCUACAUUGACCUGUGCAAGAACGGGGACAUUGACUACUGCGAGCUGAAGGCACGCUUUGGGCUCCGCAACAUUAUAGCUGACCCUGUGACAUUCAAGACUAAGAGCAGCUACUUGAGCUUGGCCACCUUGCAGGCUUAUACAUCCAUGCACCUCUUCUUUCAGUUCAAGACCACCUCAGCUGAUGGUUUCAUCCUCUUUAACAGUGGUGAUGGCAAUGACUUCAUUGCAGUUGAACUAGUCAAGGGGUAUAUACACUAUGUGUUUGACCUUGGAAAUGGACCUAAUGUUAUCAAAGGCAACAGUGAUCGUCCUCUGAAUGACAACCAGUGGCACAAUGUUGUCAUUACCAGAGAUAACAGUAACACACACAGCUUAAAAGUGGACACUAAGGUGGUCACUCAGGUUAUCAACGGUGCCAAAAAUCUGGAUCUUAAAGGUGAUCUCUACAUUGCUGGCCUAGCUCAAGGCAUGUAUAGCAACCUCCCGAAGCUUGUGGCCUCACGUGAUGGAUUUCAGGGCUGUCUGGCAUCUGUAGACCUGAAUGGGCGUCUGCCUGACCUUAUCAACGAUGCUCUGCACCGCAGUGGGCAGAUUGAGCGUGGAUGUGAAGGACCGAGCACUACCUGCCAGGAAGAUUCCUGUGCAAAUCAGGGCAUCUGUAAUCAGCAAUGGGAAGGCUUCACCUGUGAUUGCUCCAUGACUUCAUAUUCUGGGAGCCAGUGUAAUGAUCGCUGUCUACACAGAGAACAGCGCCUCAAAGAGGAGCCUACAUUACUGGCUGGUGCCACAUAUAUCUUUGGGAAGAGUGGAGGUCUCAUCCUGUACACCUGGCCAGCUAAUGACAGACCAAGCACAAGGACAGACCGUCUUGCUGUGGGCUUCAGCACAACGGUGAAGGAUGGCAUCCUCGUCCGCAUUGACAGUGCCCCUGGGCUUGGUGAUUUUCUGCAGCUGCACAUAGAGCAAGGCAAGAUUGGUGUAGUCUUCAACAUCGGCACAGUGGACAUCUCUAUUAAGGAGGAAAGCACACCUGUAAAUGAUGGCAAAUACCAUGUAGUACGCUUUACCAGGAAUGGUGGCAAUGCAACACUGCAGGUUGACAGCUGGCCAGUGAAUGAACACUACCCCACAGGCAACACUGAUAGUGAACGGUUCCAAAUGGUAAAACAGAAAAUCCCCUUCAAAUAUAACCGGCCUGUAGAGGAGUGGCUGCAGGAAAAAGAUGAUGCUACACCGCAUCACCACUUGACUUCGAGACCUGCCACGACGACCAAAAUUGGACGACAGUUAACGAUCUUCAACACCCAGGCGCAAAUAGCCAUAGGAGGGAAGGACAGAGGGCGUCUCUUCCAAGGCCAGCUCUCCGGGCUCUAUUACAAUGGCCUGAAAGUGCUGAACAUGGCAGCAGAGAACAACCCCAACAUUAAAAUCAAUGGAAGCGUCCGACUCGUUGGGGAAGUCCCUUCCAUCUUGGGAACAACACCCACAACAUCGGUGCCACCGGAAAUGUCGACUACAGUCAUGGAAACUACAACCACAAUGGCGACCACUACCACCCGAAAAAAUCGUUCACCGCCCAGCAUCCAGACAACAGAUGACAUCGUUUCAUCAGCUGAAUGUUCCAGUGAUGAUGAAGAUUUCAUUGACUGUGAGCCCAGUACAGGAGGUGAAUUAGUUAUCCCUCUACUUGUAGAAGACCCUUUAGAUAUCCCUCCUAUUGCUACUCGUGCACCUUUCAUUACACUUCCCCCUACCUUUCGCCCCCUCCUCACCAUUAUUGAGACCACCAAAGAUUCCCUGUCCAUGACCUCUGAGGCGGGGUUACCUUGCUUGUCGGACCAAGGCAGCGAUGGUUGUGAUGAUGAUGGCUUGGUGAUAUCUGGGUAUGGCUCAGGGGAAACCUUUGACUCUAACCUACCCCCUACUGAUGAUGAAGAUUUUUACACCACCUUCUCCUUGGUAACAGAUAAGAGUCUUUCCACUUCAAUCUUCGAAGGUGGCUACAAAGCACACGCACCCAAGUGGGAAUCCAAGGACUUUAGACCUAACAAAGUCUCCGAAACUGGUAGGACUACUACCACGUCUUUGUCCCCUGAGCUGAUCCGCUCCACAGCUUCGUCCUCGACUGUGAUGAUUCCCAAAUUGCCAGCUGGCAAAAUGAAUAACCGUGAGCUCAAACCCCAGCCUGACAUAGUCUUGCUUCCGUUGCCCACUGCCUAUGAGCUAGACAGCACAAAGCUGAAGAGCCCGCUAAUCACUUCCCCCAUGUUCCGUAAUGUGCCCACAGCAAACCCCACGGAGCCGGGAAUCAGACGGGUUCCGGGGGCCUCAGAGGUGGUCCGUGAGUCGAGCAGCACAACGGGGAUGGUCGUCGGCAUUGUGGCUGCUGCCGCCCUCUGCAUCCUCAUCCUCCUGUACGCCAUGUACAAGUACAGGAACAGGGACGAGGGGUCCUAUCAGGUGGACGAGACGCGGAACUACAUCAGCAACUCAGCCCAGAGCAAUGGCACGCUCGUGAAGGAGAAGCAGCAGAGCUCAAAGAGCGGCCACAAGAAGCAGAAAAACAAGGACAAAGAGUAUUAUGUGUAAAAAAGAAUAAUUAUUUAUAUAUAAAUAUAGAAAUACUUAAUGAGAUUUAUCUGAGAUAUCAGAACCAUUGCAGCGAACGAGAUGAUUGGGAGAUAUCGUUUGUGGGAAAAAGUAUUGGGAAAAAAUUUCAGCAGUGACUGUUAAUGUCUAAGUCAUCACUUGGAGUCAGCAAACUUUGCCCUAAUGUAUUAUAAAGCACACUUAGCGUUCUGGAGAUGGCGCGCACAGCUCUGCUCUGUUAGUGAACUUGGACAUCUCCAAAUCUCCUCCUCCACUGAACUUUCUGCAAAGGUAGAAGACUUCAUGGCUUACUUGUUUCAUAUCUCCAAGUGAGUCUUUAACAAUGUUCGUGAUCCCUGACUGUACCGAUAAUUUUUCAGUUUACUUAUUUAAAAAAAAAAAAAAAAAAAGAAGGAAAAAGAAAAAACAUAUAAACAUUAUUAAACAAAAAAGAUAUAUUGAACAAACUGAUCUGGCCGUGUCCAGCAUACACAUAACUUUUCGAGAUUGGAGGAGGGGAAUAAAUGAGUUUGGAGAUUGUUGGUUUUUUGGUUUGAUUUUGUUUUGUUUCUUGGGUUGCUUUUUGUUUGGUUUCUUUGGUUACUUUGGGUGAGGGAGGGAAAAGUGGAGUGGAAUGAUGUGGGGGGUGACCCAGGACAUGAGAAGAAAUCUCGGAAAAAAAAUCCAUAAUAAAUAAAGAGAGACUAUUACCGUAUAUGAAUUCAAAAGCUACCCAUGGUGUUUACUCUGCAUAUCUGGUUGUAUUGUCUCUAGAAUCCAUCAUCUAGUAGUAAGUUGUUUGCUAACAACGCAGUGAAAGUGUCUGAUGAGUGGUGCUGAGGGAAAUUGUCAUGGAAAGCUGGUUCUCUUGGAUCUGGCUCCAAUAUUUGUAAUUGAACUGAAGAGCAGAUGGGUUUGGGUCUGUUCUGAUCAGUCACUGGCUUUAUUUGAGUAUAGCACUCAGUACACAUUUGACAACCAAAGUAUGGUUAACAGGAUUUGGAAAUUCAAAAAAGAAUGCUUAAAAGUUAUUAACUGUUCUGAACUGAAUAUACUGUGCAAAAGUAAAGGAGCCUUCCUCUGGGAUCUGAUUCUGUGACAUUGCAAUGCAUGCAAAAAAUAAUAAUCAAUCAGUUUAAUAAAGUGAUCAGAAAGACACCACUGGAGUUCAACUUGUGACAAGACCAAUGAACAUCAGAAAAGCUAAACACUUGUAAAAGAAUGCAAAUUACUUUUUUUUUUACAUAUAACUGUUUUUCAUAUGUAAUAUUUUGAUUUUGUAUCUUGACAUUUCAGAUCAUCUCUGUCUUUCCAUUUGCCCUAUUCUCCCUUUUCCUUCUCUUUUAUAUAAAAGGAAAUAAAUAAAGCUGCUGUGACACACAGAAAAAUAAUAAAGAAAAAUUAAUUUAAUAAUUUAAUAUAUAUAUACACACAGAUAUAUUUAUCAUGGUAUGUUUGAUGGGACGGCUGGAACAGAAGUUCUGUUAUGGUCUUAAUGCAGAAUGAGAAUGUUCUUGAAGAACAGAGUAAAAAGAAACAGACAACAAAAGCAAACCUUAAAAUGUGAAGGGAGCGUGUGUUUUAGCUUUGUCACAGUUACCUGUGUCAAAAAAAAACCCUGAAAUUUUGUUUACAUAUUUUACUACUAUUUUUUUGCUAGUAUAAUUUCUAUAUGGAUACCCUAAUGGUGUAUAUACUGUUUUAUGGUUAAAUUUGGAAUGUCUUAUGUUUUAUUUAACUUAUUUAAUUUGGUUGUUUGGUUUCUACAUUUUCCCAAUUAUUGUGAAAAGGAUUAUCUUACUGUACAGAACAAUAGUGAGGCGGUUUGACGGCCAUGCCUAUCAUGUGCAAAAAAGUAGCUGAGGGAGAGAGAGACAAAGUGGAAAACAACAGAAACCAAGACGGGUUGAGAACCCUGGGAUGGCAGAAAUAAAAACUUUUGCUGUAUGCGGAUGAAAACUAAUCAGCUGUUUAGGUUUAGAAAUCUACUCUUGCUGGUGUUUAUAAGUCGCAUGAAUAUUUGACUUUGAAGAAGUUUCAUCAGAUACACACACGCACAUGGGAACUUAAAUUCAGAAAAACAGUCUUCUCAAACACUUAGAGAAGGCGCUUUCAUGUUAACAAAUAUUUUCAGUGCGUGUAUGUGUGCGUGUGUGUGGUGCGUGUGUGUGUGUGUGAGGUUGAGCUUUUUUCUUUUUUAUUUUUUAUACUAAAAAGAAAAAAAAGACAGGUUUUAAAAAGGUAUGAAAGCACGAUUUUAGAUGACUUAACUGGCCGAAACUAUAUAAAAGUUGAUUAUAUCUUGAUGUCUGUAAAAGAUUGCUGUUCUUGGAGUCUUGGAGUCUUGUGAAAUGAUUUCCUGCUUUCUUUCUUCCUUUCCUUUUUGCUUUCCUUUUUUAAGUUAAAGGAAAAAUAUUUACACUUUCCUUUUUUGUGUAAGUUUCUAUUGGACAGUUUUUGGGAACAUGUGCAUUUCUGUAUGUGGGCUACUACCAUAUCCCUGUUGCUUUAUGGACAACCUGGAGAAUUUUUAUUUGAGUUAUCGUGAUGUUAUUGCUUUUUUUUCCCUUUGUUUUUCUUCUUCUUUUUGAUUCUUUUUCUUUUCUUAGUUGCAGUUUGUUUAAAGAUAUGCUUAGCAAUAAAAUGUUCUUCCCAAA